GUGCGUACGUGCGCGCGGCGCCGGGGAAAUGCAGAGCGAGCCAAGCAGAGCACUACCGUAAUAGGCACAAGCCACCACGCGCACAGGCGAAGCCGCUUGAAAAAACACACCAGCCACUUACUGCAAGGAGCGCUUUGUAACUUCACCACUAACGAGGCCAAAGGCUAAAAUGGGAGGCAAGCUCAGCAAAAAGAAGAAGGGAUACAAUGUAAACGACGAGAAGGCCAAAGACAAGGAUGCCAAGGCGGAAGGCGCCUCGGCAGAGGAGAGCGAAGCCCCCAAAGACGCCAAGGACGAAGCUCCUGUCGCCACGGAGAACGCCGAGGUAGCGAACGACACCACCGCCAAGGAGGCGCCCGCGGCGACGGACGCCACGGCGACCAAGGAGGAGGACAAGAACGCCGCCCCCGCCGCCAAGGAACCGGAGAAGCCCACGGCCAACGCCGAGGCCAAAGCGGAGGCGCCCAAGACCGCCGAGCCGAAGGCCGAGGAGAAACCAGCCGCCCCGACCCCCGCUAAAGAGGCUGCCCCCGCUCCCGCUGCUAAAGAACCAGAGGUGAAGGCCCAGGCGCCCGCUCCACCCGCGGCCCAGGCUGAGAGCAAAGGCGAGGCCGACGCCAAAAAGACUGAGGCCCCCGUGGCUCCAGCAGCCAAAACCGAGGCGGCCCCAGCCGCAGCCUCCCCCGAGCCCAAGCCAACAGAGGCAGCCCCCGCCCCAGCCAAGGAGGCCGCUGCUGCCCCAGUGAAGGAGGCCCCAGCCCCAGCCCCUAGUUCAACACCAGCCGCAGAGCCAGCCGCACCAGUCAAGGAAGCAAACGCCACAGAGGCGCCAGUUCCAAGCAAGGAUCAAACCGUAGCAGUUCAAGAUUAAUGGACAGCUUCUUUUAUGAUUCUAAAAUAAUAAUGUACCUAACAACAACAACAAUAAAGUAAAAAGAGAUAACAAAUUUGAAAUGAAAUAGCCCACCCAUAUUAAGAUAAUGAUAAUAAUUGUAAUGAUGAUGAUCGUGGUGAUAUGUUUUAGAGAUGGAUUGCGACAACAACAUUGAGAAGGAUUCCGUUGCUGCUGAGAGAUGAUUAUAUUAUUACUAUUAUUAUUGUUACAGUUAUUCUAUUUUUUUCUGCUGUAGUAUUUGAACUUUGAUACAAGUCUGUGUCAACCAUACCCCCCCCCCCCCCCCAUCCCACAUCCAUUAUCCCUCACGCAUUUAUGGGAUUCAGCCUGACUACAUCUCACCCACAGGCAGCCCUCUGUCUCUACGACUCUGGGGCCAAACACCGUUACAUUUCCCUGGGUGAUCUGUGCUACGGAUGUCUGAAAAAUGAAACUGGGGUAAAAAAAAAUACAAAAAUGAAAGGGGGGUAGAAUCUCUUUACCAGCUGGACAUACAAGGACGUAAAAGUCUGUCCAAUUUUCAGCUUCUCCCUCCCCCUUCAUUCCAACACCUGCUCUCCAGAGUGCCAUGUUCUUGAUUUGGCCGGGCACCAUGUUUUUUUUGUUUCUCGGUGGAAGUUAGUUGUGUUUUUACCCUCCAUAGUUUGCUGCUUAUUUUUGUAUACUUGGGUUGUUCAAGGUGAAAGUGCUUGCUCUGUUACUCCCCCCUCCUCUCGCUCCUCCCCCCUCCUGGUUCAUCCUCUUUUUUCCGGCCGUCGGAGUUCAGAGGAACUGCUGUUCUGAGAUGUUUUUUGAAUCUUCAGACAUUCUGAGAGUUUCCUGUAGAAGGGCAGAGCUAUCAUAGUUCUUGAUACAUUCGUAGGCACAUGAACCUCCUAGAUUUUCUACCUCAGAUGGACAGGAGAUGAUCGUAACGGUGAAACUCCCUAGAAAAUCCGUAAAGUUUGGUAAAAGGUUCUCUUGACAUUCCGAUUCCAGAACUUUGUCAGAAGAAUGCUGACUUCAUAAAACAUUUGAGAAAUUCUCUGUUCCGCUCUCACGGCAGAAUGGUCUGUCCAUCUUCCUCACCCAUCUGACAGUAUCUGAUUUCAAUUUAGCGAGACAUAUCUAUUGUGUUUUUAAUCAGUGUGGCUCAAUGGCUCUUGGUCUAUAGCACAAAGGGCACACAGGUGCAAUACAUUCCCACUAAAUAAGGGAUUCUGGACAGUUUGCAACAGUAAUAGUGUUGUCUGGGGGGAGGGGAAGGGAGGGAAAGUGGGGGGUUGCUAAAUUAAUGGUACUGCAUGGGGGCACCAACGGUCUACUAAAGCUGCCAUGGUCCACGUUACCGUGGUGACCAGAGGGUUGUAGUCCUACUGAAACUUGCACAUGGGAAGGGAGCCUCAUCUCACCAUUUUUCAUCCUCCACGCCUUCUCCUCGUCCUUUCCGCUCAUAUAUAUUACAUAUAUGUAACAUAUAUGUAGGUAUAUACUGUAUGUAUAUAUUUAUUCCACCCUUCGUUCAUCGGGAACCUUUUAGUUAACCCCCAGUUGACAUACAAUGUUUUUUUCCCUCCCAACAUUGUAGAAAUGUAGCAGAUACGGUGCGGGAAUGUUGUUUGUCAUCUGGGCUGGUUACUUCCUCUCUUGACAAAGUAAUUGCAUGUCUGUGAUUGGGUGAACCUGUAGUCUUGUCCUUCGGUCAAGUGGAAAAUAUUUUUUUCAUUUAAGUCUGCAUUCAUAUGCCAGUUACGGUUGAUAUGUCAUUCCCGUGUCUUACCGCUAUUUCCAUACCACCCGUCAUUCAAACGAAAAAAAAACAAAACAAAAGGAAAUUGAUGCAUUCAAAUUAUAUGUACUUGUAUAAAUGGUGCAACAGUAAUAAAAUGUAAGAAAUUGAUUGAAACAUCA